AAUAAACUCGCAGCAUGUAGAGUGUAUGGCAUAUUAUUAGCUAGUAGUAAAAAUAGUUGUUAUCAAAGAUCUGAUAAGUAUCUGAACGUAUAAUUUACGUUCGUUCGUGCAUGACUUCGCGUCUAUAGGAAUUGCUACAUUUGCUGCGACUACAUUUGCUGAUUCCUAAGGAAAACAUCUACGAUAUAGUGAUAUCGACUACCAAGGGUCGAGUCGUGCGGAAAUUCCCACACGACACGAAUGGUGCGUCGAAGGGCGGUGCCAGACACGAAAUCGUGGCACUGUGAGCCAUCCCCUUUCACCACCUUGCGCGCCUGUAGAAAUUUGCUGUAGAUUAGGGUAGCUUUCAGUGCAACUUGCACCUCUCUACUCAGUGAGCUUUGAACGUAGCCACGUGUCACUUUCUACCCGUCAUGUUCGUACAAGGACCGCAGAUUAUCAAGCAGAAAUCGGACAAUUCCGAGAACGGUAGCGACGAGGAAGGUCCUGAAGAUGCUCUCCAGAAACGGCGGGAGGAAUGCGAGAGAAAAGCGAGACGGGGGGAAAUGGAUCCCCGGCUGGAGUUCGCUUUUCAGCUCUUGAUGGAUGCGACGCAAUUGUCUCGUCACGAAGUUAUGGAUAACGUUUUUGAAGGUGAUAUGCUGGAUGAGAUCAAUCAGUUGUUUGUGCCUCAUAUGAGAUCCACUCUUGUUUGGUACUAUCAAGAGGUUGAAGAGCCCGAACCUGCGACUGAUACGGUACAGCCAAAGACGGUAGCUUCUAGAGCAGCUCCAAACGCAACUGCAUCAAAAGUAAAGGAGCAAAAAGAACCGAAAGAGCCACCGAAGAAGAAGCUUUUUCUAACUGACGGCUGGCAAGUGCCUUGUACAGGCAUUUGUAUUUUUAUGUUUAGAAUCAGCGUGUCGAAGCAAUUACCGGAGGAAGGAUUCCAAAAAGAUCUGUACACGGGUGUGAUAGAUACAAUGAAAACAGGUGUGAUCACUUCUAUCCAGAGAGUCGUGGAGCAAGUGUUCAUGGAUGCGUUAGCACAUCCCGGCGCGGAAGGUGAAGAUGAUUGCUCGAUGAUUAAAAGUCUUUUGCUGCCGGGUUUGAGAUCUUUCUGCAGCGCUCUGAAAGUUUGCGAGAAAGUAGCACUUGAGGGCAGUAUAUUCAGCGACUGCGAACCGAUGAUGACAGAAGUGCACAAUUUCGAAGACGCAAAGGCUUUCAUAGCGAAAGAGAAUGCCGUUGAACAAGUUGAGCAGCGAGUGAAAUACUGGAUUAAGAAACUCAAAGACUUUAUGGCGGAAAGUAAACAAGUUAAAAGAGAAAACGAUAACUCUGGACCGCAGCAGGAACUUGAAUAUUGGAAGCGACGAGGCGCGCAAUUUAGUCAACUAGUCAACCGUUUACAGGAUCACGAAGUCAUUAUGUCACUUCUGUGUUUGCAAGUUGCACGAUCAAAGUUAAUUAAAGACUGGGUUGACGCAGAAGAUGAAGUGACCUACUGCUACAACGAAGCAAAAGAUAACGCGAAAUUUAUCCAAGCACUCGAAAAGUGUUGUCAUUGCCUUUACCUUGAUGAUCCUGUCAAAAUGCGAGAUUCGCUUGUGUCGCUAUUGCAGACCGUUCGACUGAUAUACAGCGUUUCGAGAUAUUAUAAUACUUCGGAAAGGACAAGUUCAUUGAUGAUUAAAAUCACGAAUCAGAUGAUUGCUGCUUGUCGAGAUUAUGUCACGAAAAGAGGCCGGGAAACGGUUUGGGGGCAAGAUCGAGUAGCCGCUCGAUCGAGACUUAAACAUUGUCUACGUCUAAACAAAGCCUACAGAGAGACAUACAGAUUAGUUCGAUGUUCGCCAGCAGUCACAGAACAAGAAUUCUCCUUCUCGGAAACCCAUGUUUUCGGCCGAUUUGAUGCUUUUUGUGCUAGAAUUCGUAAAAUUCUUACUAUGUUUGACCUCAUACAGGAUUAUCAAACUCUUUUUGAGAGACGAAUGGAAGGAUUGCUUCUUGGAGAAGCAUUAGACGAGGCCAUGAAAACCUUCGAAGAAGCCAAAAAGAUUGCGACUAGCAAAUCUUACGAUUAUUUGGAUCCAAGAAACAUUGAUUUUGACACUGAUUACGAUGAUUUCAUGACAAAAACAAACACAUUGAAAGAAAAUAUUGGCGAUAUUAUUGAAAAAAAUUAUGCCGAUGUGUGGGAAACGCCGCAGGGCAUACGAUUUUUAACACGAUUUGAAAAGGUGAGCGAGAAAAUACCGCUUACAAAACUGGAGGAAAAAUAUAACAUUGUCGUGAGAUAUAGCGACAGAGAGAUAGAUCGGAUUUUAAAGUUAUUCAAACGGCAAAGAGAUGAUCCACCAUUGCCAAGACACAUGCCACCUAUAGCUGGACGAAUGACUUGGGCAAAUUCUUUAAAAGUACAUCUGGACGAAUUGACGGCGUCCGUGUCAAAUCAUCCUGUUUUAAAGACAUUGCCACUGACCGUCGACUUGGUGAAAAGAUAUAACAACGCCAUUGCUAUUCUGAAACAAUAUCAGGCUGAUAUCGCUGAGAUUUGGACGCAUCAAAAUUCCUGGGUCAUCGAGGAUUGCUUAAAACAGCCACUGCUCGUAGUUGACGAGAAAUCAGCGAAAGUGAAAGUCAACCUAGAAAACCGCGUCGUUCUUCUGUUUCGUGAAGCCGAUUGUUUGGCAAAAAUAAAUUUGGAAAUUCCAAUUGUUGCGCUAACAAUAUUAGCGAAGAAAGAUUAUUUUACGCUGAUCACAGACUCUCUCCAACUUCUGAUCGAAGAAUUCGUUUCUACCGCCAAGCGCGUGAAAUUGGAAGUUCGCCCAUUGUUAUUACCGCAUUUAGUUUGCGUUGCAUCUUUAUUAGAACCUGGUUUAACAACCUUGACGUGGACAAAGCCAGAUUGGAAAGAUUUCUGUCAAAAUACAAAGGAACAGAUCAAAACCUUUGACAUUCUUAUCACAAGAGUUCACGAUGUGUACGAUAACAGGAUUUUUCAAGUAUUGGAAAGUAUGCAGAAAGUAACUCUACAUGCUCUACCGGAAUCCGAUCAACCAUGGAUGAUAGAAGAAUUCGUAGAGAAGAACGAGGAAAUAUGCAGAACGGCAACAGUAGAUUUACAUCGUAAAAGUACGAUGAUCGAAGAAGCGGUGGAAGAAGUAUUGCAGCUCGUUAGAAAAGCUACAGAUAACUUUAAAAACAACGCUAAUGCUGACCAAUUUGAUUUCUUACUAAUGAAGAUGCAUCAUAUAUUUUACAAAAUAAUUUUUGUCUUGUUGGAAAAUAAAGGAUUAGAAGGAGAGCAAGCAACGGAACAAACUGUUCAGCAAGAUUGGUCCAUGGUAUGGAAUUACUUUGACGAUCCCCAUCAGUUACUGACAACACCUGGCAGCUUAUCCAAAACCAUGCAAGAAAUGGUUCGAAACGCGGUGUCCGAGAUGAGACGAUAUUAUUCCAGAAAAAUCGUGGACGUAUUAACAAAAGUCACCAGAGUAUCGCUAGACGCAAUCAGGAAACGAUUUAUUCGGGAACUUGAUUCGGAAGUCGCCCCAAAUCCGGUGUUUCUAUUACAUGCGACGUUGAUGAUUCCGGCUGUAACAGUCAAACCAAGUCUAGAUGACGUUCAAGAAGCGCUGUCAUCAGUUGGAAAAAUUAUCUCGAAUGUCGCGAAAGGAGUGGCACAAUGGAAUUCCAGAGGUAGCAAGAGCAUGUGGAAAAAUCUACCUUUUUCCUCCAAACGAAAUUUAGCCGACGUCGUGUUGCGGGCGCAAAAUAAUUCCACAAAACAGAAGGAAGAACCGGAAGACUUGAAAACUAGAAGACGAAGACUUUACAAAAUUCUGUCCGAAGAGAGACCUGUAUUCCCGAUUCAGGAAAAAAAUUUCCAUACGCUGGUUAUGGACAACAAAGAAAUCAUUAAAUUGCUGGGAAUGUUGAGCACUUGCACGGUGGAAUUGCGACAGGAUCUAACAGACUUUCUCGAUCGUUGGAAGCCUUAUAAGUUUCUGUGGAAAAACGAACGCAGUAUGCGAGAACUGCUUCAAAUCUCUUUGUCAGAAUUUGAAUCUACUCUUCGCAAACACAGUGAACUAGAAGAUCGACUAGCCACUGAGCCGGAUAUGAUUAUAUUCGGUACAUCGAUCGCUGUAUCAACCGAAAAGCUGAAAUAUGGACUUUACACGGAAAUAAAAGGUUGCACACAUAAGAUCGGUCAGGCAAUGAAGAAAAAGUAUCGUCGCGAAAUGGAAUACGUUUAUGCACUAAUUAACGAAAUGGAUCGCAAAUUGGAUCACCAAAUUCGCGAUCUCGACGACGUGCGUCUCAUUAUGGAUACUUUGAAAAAGAUUCGCGAGCAGGAGGUUGACAUGGAACUCAAAAUUGAUCCUAUCGAAGAAGCUUUCAACAUAGUCACUAGAUACGAAGUGCCCGUCGAUCAGGAAUGUUUGGAGCAGGUCGACAAUUUGAGAGACACUUGGCAGAAUUUAUUAGCGCGAGCGCAAGAGAAUCACGUGUUGCUGUUGACAUUGCAACCGCAAUUCGAAAAUGAUCUGAAGAACAAUCUCGAGAAAUUCCGCACCGAUAACGAAAUGUAUUGCGAAGAGUACAGAGUAUCCGGACCGAUGCAACCGGGUUUGAGCCCUCGAGAUGCUUCGGAUAGACAAAUAUUGUUCCAGAACAGGUUCGACGGUAUGUGGCGAAAGCUGCAGACCUACCAAAGCGGCGAAGAACUUUUCGGCUUACCUACCACGGACUAUCCGGAACUUUCGCAAAUCAGGAAGGAGCUGAAUUUACUGCAGAAAUUGUACAAACUGUAUAAUGACGUCAUUGAUAGAGUCAGCAGUUAUUAUGAUAUUCCAUGGGGUGAGGUUAAUAUCGAGGAGAUAAACAAUGAGUUAAUGGAAUUCCAAAAUCGCUGUCGUAAAUUGCCAAAAGGUUUGAAAGAAUGGCCGGCGUUCUUCGCACUUAAGAAGACAAUCGACGACUUCAACGAUAUGUGUCCCCUUCUCGAAUUAAUGGCGAACAAAGCUAUGAAACCGCGCCAUUGGCAAAGGAUUGUGGAAAUCACGGGAUACUCUUUUGAUCUUGAAAGCGAAGGUUUUUGCCUGAAAAAUAUUCUUGAAGCACCGUUGUUGAAAUAUAAAGAGGACAUCGAAGAUAUUUGCAUAUCGGCUAUGAAAGAAAAGGAUAUUGAAGCCAAAUUAAGGACAGUGGUAAACGAGUGGUCGUCUCACGAGUUGACCUUCAUGACAUUCAACAACAGAGGAGAAUUGUUACUGAGGGGAGACACAACAGCGGAGACCAUCGGCCAGCUGGAGGACAGCUUGAUGGUCCUCGGCUCGCUCAUGUCAAAUCGUUACAAUGCGCCCUUCAGAAAACAAAUACAACAAUGGCUCACAGAUUUAUCGAAUACGAACGAGAUUCUCGAGAGAUGGCUGCUCGUACAGAAUAUGUGGGUCUAUCUCGAAGCGGUCUUCGUGGGCGGCGAUAUCGCGAAACAAUUGCCGAAGGAGGCCAAGAGAUUCAGUAAAAUCGACAAAAGCUGGCAAAAGAUAAUGCAACGCGCCCACGAAACACCGGGAGUUGUACCUUGCUGCGUGGGUGAUGAUCUCUUAAAGCAACUUUUACCACACUUGCAAGAGCAGUUAGAGUUAUGUCAAAAGUCUCUGAGUGGUUAUUUAGAGAAGAAGCGCAUGAUGUUUCCAAGAUUUUUCUUCGUUUCGGAUCCUGCACUCUUGGAGAUACUUGGCCAAGCGUCUGAUUCUCACACUAUACAAAAUCAUCUACUCUCUAUCUUUGAUAAUACACGUUACGUGAAGUUUCACGAUAUCGAGUACAAUAAAAUGACGGCCAUUGUUUCAUCGGAAGGCGAAACUAUACAACUUGAAAAAGCAGUGAGAGCAGAGGGUUCCGUAGAAACAUGGUUGAUGCAGUUACUACAAACAUCGCAGCUCUCCUUGCAUUCGAUCAUUCGUAAUUGCUUCAGCAUGAUCAAUGAUGCAAAUUUCAAUCUAUUAAUCUUUCUUGAUAAAAUGCCUGCCCAGAUAGGAUUGUUAGGUAUUCAAAUGAUUUGGACGCGAGAUGGUGAACUGGCCUUAGCUCAAGCUCGGGCGGACAAAAAAAUUAUGAUUGAAACAAACAAUAAGUUCCUUGAUCUUUUAAAUACUUUGAUCGAUCAAACCACGAGAGAUCUUACUAAAAUAGAACGAAUUAAAUUCGAGACAUUGAUCACUAUACAUGUGCAUCAACGUGAUAUCUUCGACAUAUUGUGCCGUCUUAACGUGCGAUCUGUGAAUGAUUUCGAGUGGUUAAAACAGUGCAGAUUUUAUUUUAAAGAAGAUUUAGACAAGACUUCCAUACUUAUCACCGAUGUUCAAUUUACCUACCAAAAUGAAUACUUAGGAUGUACCGAACGAUUGGUUAUUACGCCAUUAACCGACAGAUGUUACAUAACUUUAGCGCAAGCCUUGUCAAUGUCAAUGGGAGGAGCUCCUUGCGGCCCGGCAGGAACUGGGAAAACUGAGACUGUAAAGGACAUGGGGAAGACCUUGGCGAAGUAUGUCGUAGUUUUCAAUUGCUCCGACCAAAUGGAUUAUCGAGGAUUAGGUCGCAUCUACAAAGGAUUGGCGCAAAGUGGCUCGUGGGGUUGCUUCGACGAAUUUAACAGAAUCGAAUUACCUGUUCUAUCUGUUGCCGCUCAGCAAGUCGCUGUAGUACUUGCUGCGAAGAAGGAAAAAAAGAAGCAGUUUAUUUUUACGGAUGGAGAUCAGAUCGACAUGUGUCCAGAACUUGGAAUAUUUAUUACUAUGAAUCCUGGCUAUGCAGGAAGAAAAGAACUGCCGGAAAACUUGAAGAUACAAUUUCGCACAGUAGCUAUGAUGGUGCCUGAUCGACAAAUUAUUAUACGCGUAAAGCUAGCUAGUUGUGGAUUUCUGGAGAACAUCACGCUAGCUCGUAAAUUUUAUACUCUUUACAAAUUGUGCGAAGAACAAUUAACCAAACAGGUUCAUUACGAUUUCGGUCUGCGAAAUAUAUUGUCUGUAUUAAGGACCUUAGGAGCAGCCAAGAGAGUCAAUUCCAAGGAUUCAGAGAGUACGAUUGUCAUGCGUGUUCUAAGAGACAUGAAUCUUUCCAAACUCAUAGAUGAAGACGAACCGCUUUUUAUAUCCCUUGUAGCUGACUUGUUUCCUAAUCAAGCCCUAGAAAAAACAUCGUAUCCUGAACUGGAAGCAGCUAUUAGUGAACAAGUGGAACAAGCUAGUUUGAUUUGUCAUGCGCCGUGGGUGCUGAAAUUAAUACAGCUUUAUGAGACGCAAAGAGUAAGACAUGGAAUCAUGACUUUAGGUCCAACCGGUGCUGGCAAAACUACGUGCAUACAUACUUUGAUGAAAGCAUUGACGCAAAUUGGCGAUUCGCAUAGGGAAAUGAGAAUGAAUCCUAAAAGUAUAACAGCCGCUCAAAUGUUUGGUCGUUUAGACGUAGCUACCAACGACUGGACAGACGGAAUUUUCUCAGCUCUGUGGCGCAAAACGCUGAAAUUAAAAACAGGCGAGCACGUAUGGCUAGUGCUUGACGGUCCCGUUGAUAGCAUUUGGAUAGAAAAUUUAAAUUCCGUAUUAGAUGAUAACAAGACUUUGACUCUAGCCAAUGGCGAUAGGUUAUCAAUGGCGCCAACGUGUAAAAUUAUUUUCGAACCGCAUAAUAUCGACAAUGCUAGCCCUGCAACUGUUUCACGAAACGGAAUGGUGUACAUGAGCUCUUCAGGAUUAGAUUGGAAUCCAGUUGUCACCGCUUGGCUAAAAUCACGAUUACCGUUGGAGCAAGAAGUUCUCGAGCAGUUGUUUGCGGACUCUUUCGCACAGAUUUAUUCGUGGAGCACUCAGACAUUAAUACUCGCUAUCGAUGUUUUGCAAUGUAAUAUAGUGAGACAAAUGCUUUGUCUACUGGAGGGCUUAAUACCUCCCGAGGUACCAGUAGAAGAAGCCGAAGAUGAAGAUAUGGAGAAAGACAAACCUGUCCCUGUAACAGCAGAAUAUCUGAAACGUCUUUAUGUGUUUGCAUUGGUGUGGGGAAUAGGAGCAUUGCUGGAAACUGCUGACAGACGGAAAUACGACACGUAUCUUCGAGAAAAUUUCAAUACUUUGGAUCUACCGACUUCCGAUAGAUAUUUAGAUGCCACGGUAUUCGAUUUCUAUGUCACAGAAAAAGGCGUGUGGGACACAUGGACAAGCAUGGUGACUAAUUACGUCUAUCCUGAAUAUUCAACGCCCGACUACAGCAAUGUCUUGGUACCCAUACCGGAUAACGUGAGGGUUCAAUAUCUGAUCGACCUAAUUGGCCGUCAAGAUAAAGCUGUGCUGCUAAUAGGCGAGCAAGGAUCUGCAAAAACUGUUAUGAUGAAGUCGUAUAUGAAGAAAGCAAAUCCAGACACGACUUUGAGUCGCUCCUUCAAUUUUAGCUCAGCGACCAGUCCAUAUCAGUUCCAAAAAACCAUCGAGAGCUACGUGGAAAAACGGAUGGGAAAUACAUUCGGGCCACCAGGUGGCAAGAAAAUGUUAAUUUUUAUCGACGAUGUAAAUUUACCGCAAAUCAACGAAUGGGGCGAUCAGAUAACUAACGAAAUCGUCCGACAGACGAUGGAUAUGAAAGGAUUUUAUUCUUUGGAAAAACCUGGCGAUUUCACUGCGAUUGUGGAUGUAACUUUCCUCGGAGCCAUGUGCCAACCCGGUGGCGGAAGAAACGACAUUCCCUCGAGACUCAAGAGACAAUUUUGUAUUUUUAAUUGUACGUUACCUGACAAUGCAUCGAUCGAUCGAAUCUUCAGCGUUUUAGGCGAGGGACAUUACAAUAUUAAAAGAGGAUUCUCGCAAGAGGUGCGUCAGCUCGUCAAGAAAAUGAUUCUCUUGACUAGAACGCUUUGGGAAAGGACGCGGGCAAAGCUGCUGCCAACGCCUGCGAAGUUUCAUUAUGUUUUCAAUCUCCGAGAUCUCUCCAGAAUCUGGCAAGGUAUGGUCGGCACGUUGUCGACUGUCAUCGAUAAGGAAAGUGUACUGAUGCUACUUUGGAAACAUGAGUGUUCGCGAGUAUUCAGCGACAGGCUUACAAUACAAAGUGACAAGGAGUGGUUUGACGGGGAAGUUGUGCGCGUCGUAGGCGAUAUUUUAGGAGAGAAAUAUAUAAGCAUGCUGGAUCAAGAUCCUGCGUUCGUCGAUUUCAUGCGAGAUGCUCCGGAACCAACCGGUGAGGAAGGCGAAGACGCGGAUGUGGAACUUCCGAAAGUAUACGAACCUGUUUAUGAGACUCAAGUGUUAAGAGAGAGAUUAGAUAUGUUUCUGGCACAAUUCAAUGAAAUGCAGAGAGGUGCUGGAAUGGAUCUAGUAUUUUUCCCCGAUGCCAUGCUGCAUUUAGUGAAGAUAUCUAGAAUCAUUAGACAUCCGAAAGGCAAUGUGAUGUUAGUAGGUGUCGGCGGCUCUGGCAAACAAAGUCUCACAAAGCUAUCCUCUUUUAUAGCCGGAUACAAGACAUUCCAAAUCACACUAACUAGAUCUUAUAACGUAGCCAAUUUCUUAGAAGAUCUUAGAUUUUUAUAUCGCACCUGCGGUGCUCAAGGUAAAGGUACAACAUUUAUUUUCACUGAUCUCGACAUCAAGGAAGAGGGUUUCCUCGAAUAUUUGAAUAAUAUUUUGAGCUCCGGAGUUAUCAGCAAUUUAUUCACGCGUGACGAGCAAGCGGAGAUCAUAUCGGAGUUGACACCCAUUUUGAGACGGGAAAAUCCUAAGAGAACUCUCAAUAACGAAUUGGUGAUGGAUUUCUUUUUGCAAAGAACCUGCCAAAAUUUGCACGUCGUUUUCUGUUUUUCUCCUGUUGGCGAAAAGUUCCGAAAUCGCGCUCAACGUUUUCCGGCGCUCAUCUCAGGCUGCACUAUAGAUUGGUUUCAACCUUGGCCUAAGGACGCUCUGAUCUUGGUUGCCAAGCAUUUUCUUAAUGAUUUUGAAAUUGCUUGCACUAAUGAUGUGAAAAUUGAAUUGGUAAACGCAUUAGGAUCGAUACAGGAUAUCGUUUCAGAAACUUCGGUCGAAUAUUUCCAAAGAUUUCGGCGUGCCACUCACGUGACUCCAAAGUCUUAUUUGAAUUUUAUCGGUGGAUACAAAAACAUAUAUCGAUCUAAGCAAUACGAGCUCGGCGAAGGAGCCAAAAGAAUGGACACGGGCUUAGCGAAACUCGAGGAGGCGUCGAUAUCGGUUGAAAUUCUAAAGAGGGACUUAGCCGUAAUGGAACAGGAGUUAGUUCAGGCUUCCGAGAAAGCCGAGACGGUACUUUUAGAGGUAACGGAGCGAGCAAUGCAGGCUGAAGCUUUUAAGAAUCAAGUGCAAAGAGUGAAAGAAAAAGCAGAACAAUUGGUAGCCUGCAUAGCUGAUGAGAAAGCGCUGGCCGAGCAAAAACUGGAAGCUGCGAAGCCAGCGUUAGAAGAAGCGGAAGCUGCUCUGAACACUAUCAAACCUGCUCACAUAGCAACAGUGAGAAAAUUAGGCAGGCCUCCUCAUCUCAUUAUGAGAAUUAUGGACUGUGUACUGAUAUUGUUUCAACGUAAAAUCGGAUCCGUUGUGCCCGACACCACUACGCCAUGCCCUAAACCUUCGUGGGCAGAAUCUCUAAAACUCAUGGCAAGUACAACGUUCCUGUUACAAUUACAAAAUUAUCCGAAAGACAUAAUUAACAACGAGAUGGUCGAGCUACUGCAGCCGUAUUUUAAGAUGGAGGAUUACAAUAUGGAAACAGCUAGGCGUGUAUGCGGCGACGUUGCUGGUUUGCUAUCGUGGACCAAGGCUAUGGCGUUUUUCCAUUCCGUUAACAAGGAGGUUCUGCCCUUAAAAGCAAAUUUAGCACUGCAAGAGGCACGAUUGAAACUCGCUAUGGAGGAUCUGGCGAAUGCCGAACGGGAAUUGUCCGAAAGAGAAAUGGCUUUACAAGCAGUCAAAGAGCAGUACGAUACCGCGGUAGCGGAGAAGCAAAGAUUGACGGAGGCUGCAAAUGUGUGCCUGAGAAAAAUGACAGCUGCGACAGCUCUGAUAAAUGGAUUGGGCGGCGAGAAAAUUCGAUGGACCGAGCAAAGCGGAGAAUUCAAGAUUCAACUAGGACGAUUGGUCGGUGAUGUUCUGUUAGCGACCGGAUUCUUGUCAUACUGCGGACCUUACAAUCAACAGUACCGCGCGAGCUUAGUAACUGCGUGGAUGAAUAUAUUGACCACUAAAUCUAUACCUUUUACUAAAAAUUUGAAUAUAACAAAUAUGCUUGUUGAUUCUGCAACAACGUCAGAGUGGACACUCCAGGGAUUGCCGAACGAUGAGUUAUCAGUACAGAAUGCGCUUAUCGUCACCAAAUCCUCGUCUUAUCCGCUUCUCGUAGAUCCGCAGAAUCAAGGAAAAAUGUGGAUUAAAAAUAAAGAGUGCACAAAUGAGUUGCAAAUUACCUCGCUGAAUCAUAAAUACUUCCGGACUCAUCUUGAAGAUAGUCUUUCAUUAGGCAGACCGCUGCUAAUCGAAGACGUCGCGGAAGAACUCGAUCCGGUGCUCGAUAAUGUGCUCGAAAAGAAUUUUAUAAAAUCGGGAUCCAUCGAGAAGGUGAUCGUUGGCGAUAAGGAGUGCGACGUGAUGCCAGGAUUUAUGUUAUAUAUUACUACCAAGCUACCAAAUCCAGCGUACAGCCCAGAAAUAUCCGCGAAAACAUCGAUUAUCGAUUUUACCGUGACAAUGCUGGGUUUAGAAGAUCAAUUAUUAGGCCGAGUGAUACUUAUGGAAAAAGCUGACUUAGAAGCGGAAAGAGUCGCUUUAUUCGAAUCAGUUAUGACUAACCAGCGUUCGAUGAAGGAGCUUGAAAGUACAUUAUUGCAUAGACUCACAUCUUCGGAAGGCUCUUUAGUGGAUGAUGAAGCGCUUAUAACCGUUCUUCGUGAAACCAAGAUCACGGCCGAAUCGGUGAAUGAGAAAUUACAAGUGUCUGCUCUUACCGAGAAAAAAAUUACCUUGGCACGCGAAGAAUUUCGUGCGGUUGCGUCAAGAGGAUCUAUUCUGUACUUCUUAAUAGUUGAAAUGAGCAACGUUAAUGUGAUGUAUCAAAAUUCAUUGAGACAAUUCCUGACAAUCUUCGACAACUCAAUUACGAAAUCUGCGAAGAGUCCUAUUACUUCCGAGCGGAUAAAUAUCAUUUUGCGUCAUCUCACAUAUGAAGUCUGGGCGUUUACUUUGAGGAGUCUCUACGAAAGACAUAAAGCCUUAUUUACAUUGAUGCUAGCCAUGAAGAUAGACUGUCAUAAAAAUGUUAUUUCUCACGCGGAAUUUAACGCUUUUAUAAAAGGCGGUGCAUCAUUAGACCUCAACGCGGUGACACCAAAACCGUUCAAGUGGAUACUCGAUAUAACAUGGCUAAACUUAGUUGAAAUAAGCAGAUUGGAAGCAUUUUCGGAUGUUUUAACAAAAAUUGAAUUUAGUGAAAAAGAAUGGAGAAUAUGGUACGAAAAGGAGAAGCCAGAGGAGGAAGAAUUACCCUGCGGCUAUCAAAAGAGUCUCGAUGUGUUUCGAAAGUUAUUGCUCAUCAGAUCGUGGAGUCCUGACAGAACGUUAUCUCAGUCAAGAAAAUAUAUCACUGAAUCAUUGGGUAAAGAAUACGGCGAGGCGAAAAUAUUGGAUUUAGAAGAGACGUGGCUAGAGUCUGAACCUAGAACACCACUUAUAUGCUUAUUAUCUAUAGGAUCCGAUCCAAGCCCUCAGAUUACAGCAUUAGCCAAACAAAAGACGAUUUCAUUAAAUUCGGUGUCUAUGGGGCAAGGCCAAGAAUUUCAUGCUCGAAGAAUGAUUAACGAAGCCAUGAACACGGGCGGUUGGGUUCUCUUGCAAAACAUCCAUUUGUCAUUGCCUUUUUCCACAGAAGUGAUGGAUGCUCUUGUCGAAACGGAAACUAUUCACAAGGUGUUUAGACUCUGGAUGACAACUGAAGUGCAUACUCAAUUUCCAAUCGGCUUACUACAGAUGGCAAUCAAAUUUACAAAUGAGCCACCUCAAGGCAUAAGAGCUAGUAUGAAAAGAACUUAUCAAGCGGUAACUCAGGACGCGUUGGAUUACAGUUCUCAAUCGCAAUGGCCACCCUUGUUAUACGCUGUUGCAUUUCUGCACACCGUCGUACAGGAAAGGAGAAAAUUUGGACCGCUCGGCUGGAAUGUACCUUACGAAUUUAAUCAAGCAGAUUUCGCAGCAUCAGUUCAAUUCAUACAGAAUCAUUUGGACGAUAUGGAUCCUAAAAAAGGCGUUUCCUGGCCAACUGUCUGCUAUAUGCUUGGAGAGGUUCAAUACGGGGGUAGAGUUACGGAUGAUUUUGAUAAGCGAUUAUUAACCACUUUCACGCAUGUCUGGUUCUGCGAUGUAUUGUUACGACCGGGCUUUGAAUUUUAUCGGGGAUACAAAGUACCUCAAACGAGAAAUCUUCAGGGAUACCUCGACUAUAUCGAUAGUUUAGCCGCUACUGACACACCGGAAGUUUUUGGACUACAUCCAAAUGCCGACAUUACCUAUCAAAUUAACACGGCAAAAGGCAUACUCGAUACAAUUCUCAGUGUACAGCCGAAAGAAGGUGGCGCGCAGGGGGGCGAAUCUAGAGAAAAUGUCGUAUAUAAAUUAGCCGAUGAUAUGCUAUCCAAAAUACCGAAGCAAUAUAAUUCUUUCGAAGUGAAAGAAGCGCUUCAAAGAAUGGGGCCGUUGUUGCCAAUGAACAUAUUUCUGAGACAAGAAAUAGACCGAAUUUCGAGGGUCAUCAAGGAAGUAAGAAGCACUUUAACAGACUUGAAACUAGCUAUUGAGGGUACUAUCGUGAUGAGUCAAGGCUUGCGAAAAUCAUUGGAUUCGAUGUACGACGCACGCAUCCCCGACAAGUGGUUGAAAAUAUCUUGGGAAUCGGCAACUUUAGGGUUCUGGUAUACGGAGCUUUUGGAAAGAGACCAUCAGUUCAGACAAUGGUGCAAUCACGGCCGUCCUAAAGUAUUUUGGAUGACUGGAUUUUUUAAUCCGCAAGGAUUCUUAACGGCAAUGAGGCAGGAAGUGACCAGAGCACAUAAAGGUUGGGCUUUAGACUCCGUGGUUUUACAAAACGUCAUUACACGCUAUAAUAAAGAGGAUGUUAAAAGUCAACCGCAAGAAGGAGUCUAUGUUUACGGUUUGUUUCUAGAAGGUGCAUCGCUCGAUCGGAAAGCUGGCAAACUCGUUGAGAGUAAACCGAAAGUUCUCUAUGAACAAAUGCCGGUUAUUUAUAUUUUUGCGAUAAAUACUACCGCUGGUAAAGACCCAAAAUUAUACGAAUGCCCUAUAUAUCGAAAGCCUCAAAGAACGGAUGCAAAGUACGUGGGAUCCAUCGAUUUUGAAACAGAUUAUAAUCCUCGACACUGGACACUUCGAGGUGUAGCUCUAUUAUGUGAUAUUAAAUAAAAAAUUUGUAGCAAUUUGUUUGUUUGCAAAAUAAUUUCAAUAAAGAAGCAUUCAAAAUCGUAUAUUGAUAAUCCGCUUUUUUGUAAAAAUUGAAAACGAUCAAGUUUAUCAACACGAUUGAAUGAAAAAUACUAAUAGGCAAAAUAAAAAAGAAAAAGACAUUUAAGGAAUCAAACCUUUCAAAAAAGAUUUAAGUUUGAUUCCUUAA